GGUUAGAAUUGUGGAUAAUCCAAAGUUUCACCACAUAACAUAAAGUUUUACUUCUACCGUUUAGUUUGAACAUUGUGGUCUUAUUAUUACUAUAUUUUGUGGUAAUUUGUUUGGAAUAUUAGAUCGUUUGUAGUAUUUAGUUUCUAAAUCAUGUCGUUAAGUGCAAUGUCGUCAGAUCCUACCAAACAAGUAUUUAACUACCAAGAAGAAAGUCAAUCAGAUAGGCUAGCUAGAAAGUCAAAAGAAACCCCAUUCUUUCCCAUAGCAAUUGGAAUGACAACCUGUGCAGUGGGAUAUGGCAUAUACGCAUUUAAAAACAGAGGUAAAAUGAGCACAAGCGUGUACCUAAUGCAUCUUCGUGUAGGGGCGCAGGGAGCGGCAGUGGCGUCCCUAACCAUGGGACUCUUAUAUACGAUGAUAAACGAACACAUAUUAAAGAAGAAAAAUUAGAUACAGUACAACUAGGUUAGCACAAAUUUAGAUAUUUGAUAUUUUAAAUAAAUUAUAGCAAACUACAUUAGAAAGUUCCAAAAAUUUAAUUUGUUCUUACUAAUUCUUAUUUAUUUUUGUCCAACUGUAUGUAAGAAUGUUAACUUAUUUGUAAAUGACGAACUAUUUAUUAAUAUUUGCUAGUUUAAUAUAAGGAUAACGUGAUAUUAAUUGGAUCGUAUUUAAUAUGGUUUAUUGUACAUAAAUAAAAAGUAUUAAUCUCAGCAAACUCAAUAAAUAAUAUAUUUUCUUUCAAAA